AUGAGCAAGUUCGAUGCCCGGAAAAUUCGCGAGCGCGACCUAUCCUUGGCUAAAGGACGCGAAGCAGAACUAAAAGCCAUCGCUAAAGAGAAGAGGGCUAUCGCCAACAAGAAACGUGUGGAGAAGGCGGAAAGGAAGAAGGAGAACGAGAUCAGGAGCGGCCAGUACCAGGUAUCUAUUUUGGGGUUUCUACAUCAAGCCAGAUAA